AUGGGUUUGAUACUGGCAUUGAUACCGCUCACUACUUUUUGGUCCCUCUCUCUUUCUGUUCCAGUGGCCAGUGUCUUGCGCAACGUCAAAGACCGCAGCGAUUAUCUCUUUAAGCUCCUUCUGAUCGGUGAUUCUGGCGUCGGCAAAUCUUGUCUUUUGCUUCGUUUUGCCGAUGACACCUACACUGAGUCAUAUAUCUCCACUAUUGGUGUAGACUUUAAAAUCAGAACCAUUGAACUUGAGGGCAAGACCGUCAAGUUGCAGAUCUGGGAUACGGCUGGUCAGGAGCGUUUCCGCACAAUUACGUCGUCGUACUAUCGCGGAGCACACGGUAUCAUUGUCGUAUACGAUGUGACUGAUCAGGAUACCUUCAACAAUGUCAAGCAGUGGAUGCAGGAAAUUGAGCGAUAUGCUGCUGAGGGCGUGAGUAAGCUGUUGGUUGGCAACAAGGUCGAUAUGGAGAAGGCGGUCGAAAGCGAACAGGCGGCGGAAUUGGCCGAUUCGUUGAAUAUACCAUUUUUGGAGACUUCGGCAAAGGAUUCUAGCAACGUUGAACAGGCAUUCUUGACGAUGGCCAAGCAAAUCAAGGACAAGGUUGGCAGCACAAUGCAACAACAACAGCCCAAAUCGACAGUCAGCGUUGGCCAGGGUGCUGCUGUUCAGCCCAAGCAAGGUGGUGGAUGCUGCUAA